UAAAAUAGUACCAUUAUCAGCCUUUCUACCAUCUCCCACCGUCCCCUCCCUUCUCUCUCUCUCACUCUCAAAAGGAAAAAGAAAUCUAAAAGAUCGAUUUCACCAUCCUCGAAGUUUCUUAUAAAUGGACGAAGAUGGGUUGAGCAACAGGAAUUGGGGUUAUUACGAGCAGUCUCAGUUCAGACCGAGUUUAGGGUUUCAGCUAAUACCAAGUAUGGUUAACAACCUUAACGAGAAGCAGUUUCUCAACCCUCAGAAUCCAAACUUCAUAACCGCAAAUAAUAAUGGCUAUUGUGGCGGUAGUAGCAGCAGCAGCAGCAAUAUCAUGUCCUUUCCGCGAGAUUACACUGCCUCUGAUGCACCGUUCAUGAGCUACAGCUGGUUAAACCAGCACAGAGAUAGCAAGUUCUUUAACAACUUACCUAACCCUUCAAACCACCACACGCUUCUUGAUGAUCCCAGGGCUCAGCCGAUGCAGCUUCUGCAGGUUCCUAAACCCGAGGUCGAUGAGUCUCUCAAGAGAAGGCAAUGCAGUGGUGGUGGGGAGAGAGGAGCUGAUCCUAAGGCGAAGAAAGAGAGGAAGCUGAAGGACAGUGUUGUUCCGAGGAUGCAAAGGGAGAGGAGUCCUUUGAGGAAGAGCAUAGAGAUGGUGAUAAAUGGUGUUACAAUAGAUAUCGGUUGUCUACCGGUUCCGGUUUGCUCGUGUACCGGAUUUUCUCAACAGUGUUACAGGUGGGGGUGUGGGGGAUGGCAGUCCGCUUGCUGUACCACAAAUGUGUCCAUGUACCCUUUGCCGAUGAACACCAAAAAGCGCGGUGCUCGUAUCGCUGGAAGGAAGAUGAGCCAAGGUGCAUUUAAGAAAGUUCUUGAGAAACUCUCUGGUGAUGGUUUUGAUUUCUCAAACCCUAUUGAUUUGAAGUCUCAUUGGGCAAAACAUGGAACCAACAAGUUUGUCACCAUCAGAUAAAAAAACCAAACCUUUCUCCAACUUUUUUAGAUUCGGAAU